GCGAAAGUGCGGCUGCGGAAGCGCGGCGAGGCCGGCGGCGCGAAGGAGGAAGUCCGGGGAGGCGCGGGAGCUGGGGGGUCUGCGGCGCCGAGCGGACGCCAUGGGCCGCCUGCACUGCACGCAGGACCCCGUGCCCGAGGCCGUGGGCGGCGACAUGCAGCAGCUGAACCAGCUGGACGCACAGAAGUUCUCAGCCCUGACGGAAGUACUCUUCCACUUCCUAACUGAGCCAAAAGAGGUGGAAAGGUUUCUGGCUCAGCUCUCUGAAUUUGCCACCACCAACCAGAUCAGUCUCGGUCCCCUCAGAAGCAUCGUGAAGAGCCUCCUCCUGGUUCCAAAUGGUGCCUUGAAGAAGAGUCUCACAGCUGAGCAGGUCCGGGCUGAUUUCAUAACUCUGGGUCUCAGUGAGGAGAAAGCCACUUACUUUUCUGAAAAGUGGAAACAGAAUGCCCCCACCCUUGCUCGAUGGGCCAUAGGUCAGACUCUGAUGAUUAACCAGCUUAUAGAUAUGGAGUGGACAUUUGGAGUGACGUCUGGGAGCAGCGAACUGGAAAAAGUGGGAAGUAUUUUUUUACAAUUAAAGUUGGUGGUUAAGAAAGGAAAUCAAACUGAAAAUUUAUACAUAGAAUUAACCUUGCCUCAGUUCUACAGCUUCCUGCACGAGAUGGAGCGAGUCAGAACCAGCAUGGAGUGUUUCAGCUGAUUUCUGUCCCCCUGCAUCUCCACCUCACACCCCCACCCGCCCCCUCCUCCUCCCCGGUGACUGCUCAGAGAGACCUCUCGCUCCCAGGCCUGUGGCCGCUCCUUUGGGCCUGCUUGCCUCUUGGGAGCCCAGGUGCAAAGGUUUCUGAAAAACAAAGGAUUAAGUACUUAAGGAGCCUGACAGGCUGGUCCUGAAGAGUCUUUGUUGAGGGACCCUCCUCGACCUAUCUCCCAGGUCACCGUUUAGAUAUUCAGAGAAAAGAUUGCAUCUCAGAUGCAGGGGAGGAAAUAAGUUGAGUCACCUCCCUUUCAAAGUUCCAGAGUAAACAAAUGGUCUAUCGCUCAAGAUACGCACUGAUGACCUUCCCCGCCAAAGAACAAGGGCUUGUUUAUGGCUGAGGAAGAGGUGGACUCCGUGAAUGACACACGGGGGAGCCCCCAGCGGAGUUUGUAUGUUUGUGGUGGUGGUGCUUUGCUGAUCAGUCUUUAGUGGACACCUGUGUAAGAAUACAUGCUGGGUCUGCUCUGAAAAAAACUAAGGCUUCACUUCAGGUUUUGCCCUGUUGUGUGUAAUGAGGUGGGCCUUUUUUUUUUUUUUUUUUGAGGUGGGCCUUUUGAGGCUAUUUCAGCUUGUUUUGGUUCAAGCUGACCUUCUCUGGUGGUUAGAAGAAGAAUAAAAAAAGUUCUGAAGAACAGGUCUGCAUCUGGUCGUCUCUAUGCAUGGAUUAAAGAGUCACCUGCCUUGCAGAGAGCUAGUGCUCUUAUCUUCAGAAAUUAUCUUCCUGAUUUUGGUGAGGGCCCUGGGUCUUCAGUGAAAUUCACCGUGGUCCAAAGUGGGAAUUCGUAAGAGCAGUUCAGGGGAAACUCAGGUUAAAAACUUCAUAAAAAGCGGAGUGGAUGAAUGCUUUGUGUUCAGAUGACUUUAGUACCACCUUGGCACGUAAGUUCUCCUCCUCCUACCUCUCCCCUUCCCCUCAGAAAUUUUUAAAACUUUUGAGUAGAUUAUACAUGCCCAUGAUUCAAAAAAUACAUUGUAGAGUAAUUCCUUCUCCCGCCCCAUUCCCCACUUACCUAGUUCUCCUCCCCAGAGGGAACACCUGUCAUGAGUUUAUUCUGUGUUCAUGCAUUUGCAAAUACACAGGCACUGAGUUUGACUUUUCUUCCCACACAAAUGGUAGCAUACUGUACACACUGCGUCCUGCACCUCGCUUUUUCCCACAACUUGGAAAUCAUUGCACAUCAGAACAGAGAGAGCAGCCUCAUUUUUUAUAACAAAUGGAUGAUUUAUUUAACCGCUUUCUUGCUGAUGGGUGUUUGGGUUGUUUCCAUUCUUCUUCUUCUUUUGUUUUUUUAAUAAAUUUAUUUAUUUUAUUUAUUUA